GUUCAUUCCACUCCGCUUCACUUACUCUCCAUCGCUCACAUCCACUCGCACACCUCUCCAACACCACCUCAUCCACUCUCACACGCAAUGCUCGGUCUCGCCCGCCCCACCCUUAACACCGCUAAGGCCACCCUCGGCCAGCGCGGCUACGCCAAGGCAACCCUUAUCGGUCGCCUCGGCGCCAAGCCUGAGGUCCGCCAGGCCGGCAACGGCAAGAGCUAUGUGACCUACAACCUCGCCGUUCCCAAGCCCCCCAAGCGCAACGAGGAGGGCGAGGUUGUCCGUGACGAGCAGGGCUACACUGUCCGCGACACCAACUGGUUCACGAUCUUCAACUUCCGCCCCACGGCUGCGCAGUACAUGGCCAACCUGGAGCCCGGCACCCAGCUGAUGGUUGAGGCCUCCCUCGAGACUCGCACCACACCCACUGAGGCUGGCAACGUCAAGGACCUCCUCCUGCGUGAGAUCUCGCACCAGGUUGUCUCGCGCAAGAAGAACUAGAUCCAUGGGGCAAAGUAGAGGGUGAAUGUCGGUAGCUUAUGUACCACACUACUCCGAAGGAUAGGACGAUCCCGCGAUAUGACCGGUAUCACCUGAGGCUGCUGACAGAGGACGUACAAGCCCGUAUUGAUGGCAUGCUGAUGCAAUGUGGCGAUAUGGAAAUUGGGCAAUCUGGCGAUCUGGAGAUCUAGA